UAAAUAACAGACAGCAAACAUUUAUAUCAAUAUUCUUUCAUAAUUAUAUAUUGCUUUUGUUUUUUAGGAUGAGGAUUUAGAAGCUCUGAAGUUGGCAGCUCUUGCAUCAAUGAAAAAGAAGUCCGAGGUUAAAAAGGUUUCCAGUGAUGAUGUCGAAGAUCCAGAACUUGUUGCCCUCCGAGAAGCGGCUCUGUUGACGAAGAAGAAGAACGCCAAUCAAAAUAAAUUGGAUGAUAACAACCAAUGUCAAAAUGCACCACCAUCAUUUCCUCCUCCAUCUUACAGUGUCGCGGACCGGUAUGGAUUUCCUGUAUACGAGCAGCCAGUAUUUCCGUAUUCCUGUCCCCCACCACCCCCAGGCUAUCCUCCACGAUUGCUGUAUUCCCAGCCACAUCCGCCCAUGUUAUCUGCCCACAAUCCGGUCCAUCCAAAUAUGUUGCCUCGUCAGAGCGUUCCCGUCCCAGUUUCUGUGGCAUCGUUUCCCGGAGUUGUCUCCCAUCAUUCAGGAUCACCGCUGCAUCCGUUCCCCGUCACGACCCAUCAGUCGGAUGUCAACAGCCGGGGGGGCUCGCCUUUCAUGCAGAAUGCAGACCGAAAAGCCGGGAACAACCUGAUUGUUAUUACGCAGGCUGGGGAGGAGGAGACGAAGAAGGAGACAGGAAAGACCGACGGUGUCCCGUGUGUUCCAGAGACAAAACCACAGCUGCAACGACCUCAGGACAAAUGGCAGGGACAGUCAGAUGGGAAGAGUUCCGCCACCAGUCCAGUCAAGCGACCUAAAACUAGUGACAAGUUCAGCCGCUUCGAUUCAAGUAAUGAGAGUGAGGAGUCGGAGAGUGAUAGUGACGACGAUGAUCUAUUGCUUAAAAAGAAUGACAACAGCAUCAGCAGUGACGACGAUGACAACGAUUCCAACAAAGAAAACAGUGACAACAGCAGUCGCAGUCAUUCAGAGUUAUCUGGCUAUGAGAGCGGCAACGAAAAAGACGUCCCCGACGAAAAGACAACUGCUUCGCUUAACGAGACCACAGAAACGAAAAAUGACAGGAUAGUUAAACCACGAUCUAAGGAAAACAUUGGUGAUUCUAGUCGAGAAACGCGACCAGAGAAAGAAACUGCUUCCAGGAAUGAUAGAUUGAAACGUGACAGUUCUGUUAGCUUACAAAAUGAAAGUUCUCGAGUGAGAAAGUUGAGUAAUAAUCACAAGAGGGAUGCUCGGGAGAAGGUAAAUGAUCGGAAUUCGGUCACCAGUUCAAGGGACAAAGUUUCAGACUUGUCAGAAAAGUUGAAGAAUAGAAAGGUUAAGAUGGAAAAAGAUUUAUCGGAAAAGUUGUUAAAUCGUAAGUCCAAUAGUGAGAAAGAUCUGUCAGAAAAGUUGUUGAAUCGAAAUGUUCGAAAAGAAGGCGAUUUGUCGGAAAGAUUGUCAAGUCGUAAAGACAUAGGUAGGAAAGAUGUGAAAGACCUUUCUCACAAACUGAGUAGUAGGAAAAACAAAUCAACAAACGAUAGAAAUAAAGACAUUUCUGCAUCAGAACCGUUUUCGGUGGAUACCGCGAGGUUAGAAACUGAAAGAAAAUUAAGCAUUAAUAAUUCUGAUGUUCCACAAGAUGCUUCUAAUGAUAGUUCGAAGAUCAGAAUGAUGGAAGAUGAAUUGCACAAGUUGGAAGCGAGACGACAGAAAUUUCAAGAACAAAAAACUCUCGACUUGAUGCAAGUCCAAAAGACUAUUUCUCUUAAAGCUAUUAAAAAGAGAAAAAAGAAGAAGGUUAAGAGUUCAAGGUCACGAUCUCGUUCUUUACCGAGACAGUAUCGCCAUCCUCCCCGCUCCCCAUCACUACCGCGACAGUAUCGAGACGUUCCAUUGCCAAAAUCCAGAUCACCUCAUCGUUCGGCCCGCGAAAGAUCCCUGUCAUUGCCAAGACAGUAUCGAACAGAACUUCGAGAUCGAAUCAAGCGCAGGUCUAAAGAGAGAAAAGGGCAUGAUGAAAGCCGAAUGGAGACUUCCCACAGAAAUGAAGACAAGAAGAAAAUAGAUCGAAGAGGUGAUGUUAGGAGAAGACUGUCAGGUGGAGGCGAUAAAGGAAGGAUGCUCAAGGAUCAGUCAAACACCGAGAAAAAAGACAAAAGUGUCGCAAAGAGUGACAAUGAUGAGGAAUCGGCUUCCAAUGCCUCGGCAAUCAGUGAUGUGGAAAGCGAUGAUGAUUCGGAAGGCAGGUCGUGGCGGACCGAGGCCAACAAAAACCGGGUCCGGCGACGGUCUACGAGGAACAUUAGUCAGAUUCCCAAUUCCCUCACCAUCUCACGUCCAUUCGGAGACAGGCAGCCUCCACGUCGGAACGGCUUAUCCCCAGACAGAUUCCGUGACCGGCGGAAAAGACGGGACCGUUUCAACAGAGACAGAUUUGAAGUUCAACCUCAACGAUACGAUAACUUCACUGUUAAGAGACCCAAACGUUUUCAGUCCAUUGAGAGUGAGGAGGAGAAGGAGGAUGAAAAUGGAGAUAAGAAGAUUUCUAGCAGCGUUGUACUGCCAAACCGAAACGUAAGCUCGGUCCCAGCAGUGGAGGAAGAUGUGAACACUGAAACAAAUUCCUUUAAAAAAUCAAAGACCAAAAGAACCGUAUUGCCAGAAACUGUGCUGGAGGUUAAUACUGCAAAGAGGAAAGUGGUUAACUCGGAUGGUGUCCAUUCGAAAUCAAGGAGAGUUACGGCCGACUAUGACUCGGAAUUCGAUGCCAGGAAUUACUUGAAUAGCAGGUCAAAGGUGGUUGAUAAAAAUCUGGAGGAUAAGUUGGUGAAUGACGAUUCAAACGAUGCGAUGGGUGUGUUUGUGACUCUAGCGGGCGAUGGGAAGGAGUUGCAGCCUCCUCGGGCUUCUGUUCUCAACAGACUUGGAAGUGUGUCGAGGAAAAGUGAAAAACACGCCUCGAGAAACACUCUAAAACCAGUGCUCAAAAACUCAGAGGAACGAACAGUCAAAAGAGUGAAAUCAAAGUCAAAGGAUGAUGGGUUAUACGAAGAUGAUUUGGAAAUCAAAAUCAGACAGAUCAAGGAGAAGAAUGCAGCCAUUCUGAGAAGACAGGAAGAAAUAAGAAAAGACAAAGAACGAUUUGGAUACAAAUAGCCAACUGGAAACUUUACACCAUUCCAUCAUUGUCAAUAUUACAGAUUUGAUUAUUUUAUUUUAAAGCUGCUGAUCCUAGAUAUUAGCCAGUGUAAACUUAUAUGUCUAUCUACAGGGCUUCUAGAUUUUGGUAGCCCCACUCCCAUGGCUAGUGAUAUUCAAUGUCGGGCUAGUAAAUAACUACUAUUGCCAUGCCCGACAGCUAGUGAAAAAAAACCCAUCAGACGUUGCAGUU